UAUAUGUGUGUGCGUAAUAUAACAGGCACGAUCCCCUCUUCUGCACCAACCCUCCCGCCUCUGAUCUGAAGCGAAGCAAAGGAUAAGCUUCAAAGUUUCAUUUCUCAGUUUUUACAAUUCAGAGGCAAGUUCUCCUUCUAUGCAGAAAUGUGGCAAAUCAAUAAAAGGUGAUGAUGACUUUUUGUUUGCGCUUUUCGGACUUUUUUUCGAGGUAGUUUGGACUCUCUACAGAAUUGAGGCCCUCAACCUAUUGAAAUACAUCAGCUGAACUACACAUGGACCAGAACGCUACUAUUGAGGAGGGAGAGGGUUUGAGAAGUGGCCUUUCCGAAAAGCAUCUUGAUCUGUUGAGGCCUUCGGCUCGACAUUAUUCAAUGUUUAAAGGACAAGGAGUGGAUGCUAAAGACCUUGAAAAAGGCAAGUAUGCCGUCAUCAGAGACACAGAGGACUCCCAAUUAGGGAUAUAUGACAAACCUCUUCCUUGCUUUGGUUGUGGGAUUGGAUGGUUUUCUUUUCUACUAGGGUUUUUGUUCCCCUUGAUGUGGUACUAUAGCACAAUUUUGUACUUUGGAAACUACUACCGCAGAGACCCCAGGGAGCGAGCAGGCCUUGCUGCUUCUGCAAUUGCUGCAAUGGCAUGUUCCGUUGUGUUGUUGAUCGUAGCAGCAAUUCUUCUAUUCUAAACCUUGGUCAUCCAAUUCCAUGCACUCCCAAGACUUCUGUGAGCAUCCAAGGAAUUUGAAAGGGCUCUUGUUCAUGGAGAUACGAAAUUUUACUGCAAAAUCAAAGAUAAAAAAGAUGUCUCAGUGCUUGGCCAAUCCAAGGUGUUUUACUACAAACUAAAUAUGAUGAAAAAUCACUCCCCUUUCCCAAUGUUAACCAUAUAGACAUGAAAAUAUAAGAUUUUUUUUUUUUUUUUUUUUUUUUGGCACUACAAUUGUACACAAAUUACUUUCAGCAGAACCUAAUGGAUCACAGGAAAAUUUUAUGGC